AGAACGCACCGACACUAUACCUCAGACGGCAAGGCAGGUGUGGUAGUUGGCAUUUACAACAACAAUGGUGAGGAUGUUUUAACUGAAACUGCUGCUAGCAUCAACACACGUUCAUCAGGAAGCAUCACACGGCUCAUGCAGUAGUCACAUCAAAUUUGUACGUGUUGGACGCUUGGAGGAGGCGUUUAUGAGCAACACUGGCCUUGUAACAAAGCAGUGUGGUGGAAGUCCACAGUAUGGCGUCAAAUGAAACACGGCUGGAAACCUCCAACACGUGCAUGACUGGUCGGGGAGUUAAGCGUACCCAUCCCAUUGUCUUAAAUGGCUUGGAGGGCACUGCAGAAGAGAAGAAUUCAGAUUACCUCUGUCCAGUGUGCUUGGACCUGAUAUCUGAAGCUCAUAUGACAAAAUGUGGACACACAUUCUGUCGUGGGUGUUUAGUUAGCAGCAUAGAAUCGAACAAACGAUGCCCAAAGUGCAAUUUUAGUGUAGAGAGUACAGAUCACAUAUUUCCUAAUCAUACAGUAAAUCAGCAAAUAUUAAAACAAAGACGAGCAGCUGACCUACAGGCUGCUUUUACAAAGAAAAAUAAAACUGCAGCUCUUAGUGAACUUCGAAAUUACCUUAGCUUUGAUUCCUCUUGCUUAGAAGUUAGUGACAUUACACAUAUAAUAAAUAUAUUGCAAGAAAAGAAAGAGCAGUUAGAAGCGGCUUCAAUGCUGAACAAGUUUGAGUUGAUGAAGGACUUUUUAAGCGAGCUGCGUAAGCAAAAGGAAGUACAGUUGGCGACUGUCAGUAGAGAGCUAAAACUGAUAACACAUGAUUUAGCUAGUGUGCAAAGUAAUCUUUCACCAUAUAGAACUUCAAAUAGUUGUGUGCCCUUGGGUAACAGUGUCCCAAACUCUAGAAGUGUCUUUAUUACUGAAAUUCUUGAUGGUGAAUGCCCAGGGACAUCAAAUGGGUCCCAAGAGACUCAAAGCCCCACAGAAGAGGGAUUUAACGUUCCUCUGUUCACUCAGGCCUGUCCUGAAAAUUCUACAGUUCAAGCCAGAAAAAAGAGAAUGCACCUACACUUUGAUGAAUUAGUUGAGCGAUAUUUUAGCAUGCGGGUACCAGGCUUCAGUGACUCGGGUAUGGAAGACGAUGAUGAUGAAGGUCUUGACCAGUUUGGGGAAUGCAUUUCUAAGUUUACGUAUUACAGUGGUAUGCGCCCCUUAGCAACAAUUAACUAUAACUGCGAUAUGUUUCAUCAAUCAAGUAAUAUUGCCUCCAGUAUAGAAUUUGAUAAGGAUAGUGAAUAUUUUGCUGUUGCAGGCUUAACCAAAAAAAUUCGCAUAUUUGACUAUGGUACUGUCAUCAGAGACACAGUGGAUCUGCAUUACCCAUGUUCUGAAAUGGUUUGCUCUUCUAAAAUUAGCUGUGUAAGUUGGAGCAAUUACAUGAAAAAUAUGCUUGCAAGUAGUGAUUAUGAUGGUACUGUAACUGUAUGGGAUGCAUUCACUGCACAGAGGCUUCAUGUUUUCCAGGAACAUGAGAAACGAUGUUGGAAUGUGGAUUUCAACAAAAUGGACACCAAAUUAAUAGCUUCUGGUAGUGAUGAUCAUAAAGUGAAGCUGUGGUCUUUAGACAGUGAAAGAUCAUUAACAUCCUUGGAAGCUAAAGCAAAUGUGUGUUGUGUGCAGUUUAAUCCAGCAAGUAGAUACCAUCUAGCGUUUGGGUCGGCUGAUCACUGCGUCCAUUACUAUGACCUGCGAAAUAUGAAAGAAGCAGUGAGAGUGUUUAAAGGUCACCGCAAAGCUGUUUCGUAUGUCAAAUUUGUGUCGAGUGAAGACAUCGUCUCGGCCUCUACUGACAGUCUGUUAAAAAUGUGGAAUGUUAACAAGUCCCAUUGUGUGCGAUCAUUGCAGGGGCAUAUAAAUGAGAAAAAUUUUGUAGGCUUGGCAACUGAUGGGGAAUAUGUGGCCUGUGGCUCAGAAAACAAUUCUCUAUAUGUAUACUAUAAAGGGCUAUCUAAGAAGUUAUUCAGUUUAAAAUUUGAUCAGAAGAAAUGGGUAUUAGACCCAGAGCAAAAGGAAGAAGAAUCUUCAGAAUUUGUAUCUGCUGUUUGCUGGAGGAAAGGGUCUAAUAUCAUAGCAGCAGGCAACAGUAAAGGCAUCAUCAAGAUUCUGCAGAUGGUUUAGUUGAAUCCUUGGAGAUAUUAACUAGUACUUAAAACCGAUUGAUGUUUUGAGUUGCCUGUAUGAUACUGGAAUUGUAUUUAUUGAGAAAUUUCAGACAGUUCUAAAAUAAAUGUGCAGUUAAUAUCUGUAUAGGACUCUACUUUGCCUUUGCCUACAUUUUAACUUCUUUAUUUUUUCAUUAAAUUCAUAUACCAGACCAUGAAUUUGGAAUUGUUUAAUAGUAACUGAUUGUAAAAAUAUAAAAAAAAAAAAAUCAAAUUUUACCCAGUGAUUUAGCACAUUGUGUUAGGGGUAAUCCUUACAAAGAAGGCUUUGGUUAGAUUUGUAUUUUAAGAUUACAUAUACUAUUGAAAUUUAAAACGGAUCAUUGUAUAAAAUUAAUUUUGUACUGUAUGUUGUGCUGGAACCAUAAAUAAUGAUGAUAUUUAUUGGUGCUCUUGUAAUAUUUCUUUAAGGCAAAAUAUUAGUUCAGUGUCUUGUGAAUUUUAUAACAUAUUUAUAUGUAAGGCAGUGACAUCAGGAUAUCUUCAUGUAAUUGUUGUUUUGUGGUUUCAUAUUCUAUAUGUAUGUACAGAGCAAUUAUGAAAAGUUAUUUUGUAAUGUAUUUUAAGGUAAAAGUAACAAAUUGGAUUAAUCUAUUUUGAUCUCAGGUAAGAGAUUGUACAUUCCCUAAAAAUUUGGCUUGAGAAGUGUACUAUAGCAUGCAUGUGUGUGUGUGUGUGUGUGUAUAUAUAUAUAUAUAUAUAUAUAUAUAUAUAUAUAUAUAUAUAUAUAUAUAUAUAUAUAUAUAUAUAUAUAUAUAUAUAUAAUAUAAUAUUACACACACAUACACAUUCAAACAUACAUACAUACACAUAAACAGAAACUCUUCUCCUGUGAGGGGUUCGAACCAUGGAGAGCCAGGUGCAUAACACACCAUUGACAUAACCAGCAUUCUUGACCACUGCACCACGCAGAUCGUUAAGAGGUUGAACGUUGGGGCUAUUUACCCAACAGAUCAACCUCCCAACGACACUAGCAGUAGUAACAGAUCAGAGUUCAAUUUCAUCAAAUCGAUCACAUUUACUAAGAGAAAAUGUGAGCCUUAAAUAUACCACAGACUUACAGAAACACGUAAGACAUAGUUAACUAUGUUUUACUUGUUUCUGUAAGUGUGAUUAUAAUAAUAUAUAUAUAUAUAUAUAUAUAUAUAUAUAUAUAUAUAUAUAUAUAUAUAUAUAUAUAUAUAUAUAUAUAUAUAUAUAUAUAUAUAUAUAUAUAUAUAUAUACACACAUAUACAUAUACACAUAUAUAUACACAUAUACACACACACACACGCACAUACAUAUAUACAUACAGUGGCACCUUGGUUUACGAAUAUAAUCCGUUCCAAGAGACGGUUCAUACGUCAAAAAUUUGUAAACCAAAACACAUUUUCCCAUGAGAAACAAUGUAAAUUGAAUUAAUCCAUUUCACACACCCAAAAAUAUUAACUUAAAAAUACAUUUUAUACAGAAUACUA